UGCUAAAGAAAUAUUUAAAGAGGAUAAAUCAUUAAUAUUUCAAGAAAAAUUAGGUGGCACUUCUAUUCAAAAUAGAGAUUAUUUAUUAAAAACUUAUGAUCGGUGUAAAAAACACUCAAAUUGUCGAUGUGAUUUUUUUGAUAUAAAUCAAAAAUGUGAUAAAUAUGAUUCAACUUGUGAACGAAAAAUUGCAGCUUGGGGAAGAGGUACUUUACCAAAAGAAGUAGUUGGACCAUUUGAAUUUGGAGAAUUUAGAGAAAUCAAAAAAAGUUUUACCAAAGCUUGUAGAGAAAAAAAAGAUAUAAAAGAACUAAAGCUUGAAGAACAUCAAGGAGAUUUAGACAGUAACGAAAUGUUAGAAGAAGGAAAAACACCACUUGAAAUAUUUAGAGAAAAUAAAAAUAAAAUUCCAUAUU